UAAACAACACCUGGGGGGACAGUAGCUCAGCUUAGUCCGUGGGGAUUUGGGUUGGAAACUGGAGGAUGGGCGGUCCGAGUAAAGCACCAGCUUAUGGACUGUAUGUAUAGACUGGUAGUUGGAGAGUGGCCAGUUUACCUCUUGGGCACUUGAGCAAGGUCCUUUACCCCUAACUGCUCUGGGCGUCUGACUACGUAGCAGCCCCUUCCACUGACAUCUUGCCAUACAUUAAUGCAUGUGUAUAGGUCCUGUUUGUGCAUGUGUGUGUGUUUUGGACCUGUGUGUGUAUAAUAACAAUUAUAAAAAAGAGUGAAAAUCUAGUGGAAAAAGUUAUUUUUCCCUAGAGGGAUUAGUAAAGUAUGUCUUCUUGUUCUGAAUUGAAAUAUAUUGUGUACUGCCAAUAUUAGUAUGUAUAGUAUAUCAGUGAACUUCUCUGUCACAUUUGGAGCUGGAUAUUCACCUUUCAUAAACAUUCAGUUCUAUACAGAUUCCCAUUGAGCCUUAGAUUAAAAAUUUCACACUGAGAUGAAUCUUCUGUUGUGCUGCUCAGGUUGGCCCUCUUGUGGUACCACACAGUAGUGCUGCCUUUCUUUGCUCUGGAUGGCUCUGAUACACAUGAGGGGCUGCUGGAGGCCAAAGCUAUUCUGCAGAGAAAGUCGGUGGUUUACCCCAACUCAUCCCUCUUCAUGUUCUUUAAAGGACGGGUUCAGAGGCUAGAGUGCCAUAUCAACAGUGCUUUGGCCUGUUUCCAUGAUGCAUUAGAGCUUGCAUCAGACCAAAGAGAGAUUCAGCAUGUGUGUCUCUAUGAGAUUGGUUGGUGCAGCAUGAUAGAGAUGAAUUUUGAAGAUGCAUUCAGGUCGUUUGAAAGGCUGAAGAAUGAGUCGCGUUGGUCGCAGUGUUACUAUGCCUACUUGACCGGAGUGUGUCAGGGUGCUUCUGGUGACCUGGAUGGAGCAAGUGGCGUUUUCAAAGACGUGCAGAAGCUGUUCAAGAGAAAAAACAACCAGAUAGAGCAGUUUGCUGUCAAAAGGGCUGAGAGAUUGAGAAAGACUUCCCCGACCAGAGAGCUGUGCAUCCUCGGUGUAAUUGAAGUGCUCUAUCUGUGGAAAGCGCUUCAAAACUGUUCUUCUUCUAAACUGCAGAUAAUGAAUCAGGUGUUACAGAGUUUAGAUGAAGCUUCGUGCAGAGGCCUGAAACACCUCCUUCUUGGUGCCAUUCACAAAUGUCAUGGAAAUAUGAGAGAUGCUGUGCAGGUGAUCCAGGCAUUCCAGCUGGCUGCUAGAGAUGAGUACGGACGACAGAUCAACUCAUAUGUACAGCCAUAUGCUGUCUAUGAGCUUGGAUGUAUACUCCUUGCAAAACCGGAGACGGUGGGAAAGGGGAGGUCAUUGCUACUUCAAGCUAAGGAGGAUUUUACAGGCUACGACUUUGAGAACAGACUUCAUGUCCGCAUCCAUUCAGCCCUUGCUUCUUUGAAGGAAGUAGUGCCUCAGUGACUCCAGGAAAGGAACCUACAAUACGCCAAGCCUUUCAAAAUAACUGUAUGACAUCCCAGUGAACAGAGUCCUGUGUUUUUCAUUCUUAAAGGAGAUACACUUGUUUGUGUUCUUACCCAUUCAUUGACAUGAAUUGUCAUUUCUGUGCAUUUUGUACAGAGAUACUGUAUAUAUGGGUAUGUUUUCAUACUUUCAUAGCACAAAGUAUAUGGGAAUGGCUACCAAGUUGCUAUGGCUAGCAAGUUAAAAAAAAUAUAUGUCUAAAAACUAAAAAGCUAUGAUAAUUUUGUUAGCCAGCAAGGUAGUGAAUACAUACACCAGGCAAGCCGCCUAUGGGACAGGAAUGUUGAGGGGCAGAGCAGUUUUUGGUGAAAGAAAAAGCUCCAACUUCUUGUAAAACCACAUUUCUGUUUGAUGACAUGUUCAUAAACAGUAUGCCCUGUAUAAAUAAGAUAUAUUUGGACUUGUUGGAAGGUAGCCUACAUUUUUCCAAUUUGACAGACCUAAGCUAACUUGUUAGCUGUUUCCCCUCGCUUCCUGUCCUAGCGCUAAGCUACACUAAACACUCCCCUGGUCUAUUUCUGAACAAGAUUCACAGAGAUGAAAUUGAUAUCAAUCCUUGACUCUGGGCAAAACAACAAGCAAGCUUAUUUCCCCAAAUAUGUAAAUGUUCCUUUAAGUGGUUUUUCACACCAAAAUGUAUUAGCUAACUAGUAACAUUUUCCCCAUUAACUUGUAACUUGUGUAUCUGGAGGAUUUCAAUCAUGCCUCCUCCUCCCUUCGGUGAGAAAUUCAGCACAUAAAAGUAACUUCAUAGAGAUCAUUUUUCCCUUAAUAGAAACUUUACAAUGAGUAAUAUAAAACACAGGUAAUAGUAUGUUUUUUUAAAACUUCAUUUAAAAACAUGCUCGGCAUUUCAGCAUCUUACUUCAAUAAUAAAAUAGAAUUAAUAAUUCUUUGCCAUGUCAUAUAUCAUGAAAAGGAUAAGGGAAAGAUUACUAAAAUCUAAUAUUUGAUUUUCUAUAUUCUGAGAAAGGACUCCAUGGGUUGUUAAUUUUCCCGCAGUUAUUUCAAAAGUAGUGCUUUUCCUAAUUAAAAUUUCAAUAUCUGCUUGUCAAGUUGCAAAUGAACAUUGAGUCAUAUCACAAAGGGAAAUAAAUAAAAUGACAAACUUGUAGUCUAAUUAGUUACCAUGGGAAUAGUUAAAUAGCGCCAAAAUUUUCACUGAUCAUCUAAAAUCACACAUAAUAACAACUCAGUUGCUGUGAAUUAGUUAUUCACAUUCAAGUAGUAGUAGUUAAACAUUUAUACGAACUGAGAAAUCACCACACACACGCCCUAACGACGUUUUUAUGUGGAAACACUGGGCAUUGAUCCUGUGCACUAUGCAUGGUAUGGCAGGGUAACAGUGGCUCUAAGACUGUAUUGAAGUCAGAUGUACAGUACCUGUGUGUCCAUCCCUGCAGAUACAUUAAGGUAAUAAAAUACAGUACACUUGGUACUGUAAUGUUACCAUUGAAAGGUGCUGCUAAAUGUCAGCCUAAUAAACAUAUAUUUCUAGUGACUUAUUUUAAUAGUGUAUUAGUGAUAAAUGCUUUUGAAUUAGUCCAUAAUAGUGACAAGUUUCUUCAUUUCAUAGCAAAAGUGUCAUUUACAGAAUGCUAUUUGAGUCUUGAACCUACAAAUCCAGGCUGAUGCAAAGGUGUGAUCUUGAAUUGGACAAAGAAUAUUAUUUCUGUGAUAAGAGUGAUUUUAACAAACUUUCUCAACACAGUUUCACACUGUACAUAUUAAUUAUUCUGUGCAGGUUAUUGUGUUUUAUUAACUAAGUUCUUGUCAUGCGAGCAAUAUAAGUAAAAGGAGGGCAUCUUACAGUAAUUUACAAAUAACUGUGUUUUCAUCCCAUGUUCAAGGUUGUGGGCAUACAGAUGUUUUGCGCUCAUUAAGCUGGUCAGACAAAGUCAGUCAUCCCCUGUGGCUGUGAUGGAUGUAAACUGUGGUAGAUGUUGAGGUGACCACUGUGCAAGUGGUCUGUGCGGUGCAAGUAAUGUAAUGGUGAAAUGUCAGUAACCUACGUGCUGUACCGAAUACUUCUGUCACUGAAUGAAUUUUUCCUUUUGUCAUGAAAUUUUGGUGAAAUUGAGAUCAGGAUGAUAGUGUUCCAAUCUGUCACUGAACUCUACAAUAAACUGUUCUCUAAUAAUCUA